GGCCAGGGGUGUGAAAGAGCCGCCCUCCGUCGGUCGGGCAGCAACCACCUUCUGAGCCGCCUCCAGCGUAGAGUCCGCCGUCUGGAGCCGCGGGGCCUCUGAGCUCCGCCGCAGCCGCCCCGAGCGAGCGCCGAGGAGGGAGCCUAGCGCCUUUGUGCGCGCUGAGACAGCCCAUUUGAGGAUCCUGACCUUAAGGACACAUAUCUCAUUCCAAGAAAUAUCAUGGCUGAACCAGACUAUAUAGAAGAUGACAACCCUGAACUAAUUAGGCCUCAGAAACUCGUCAAUCCUGUCAAAACGUCCCGCAACCACCAAGAUCUUCACAGAGAACUUCUUAUGAAUCAGAAAAGGGGUCUUGCCCCUCAGAAUAAGCCAGAGCUGCAGAAGGUGAUGGAAAAGAGAAAACGAGAUCAAGUGAUAAAGCAGAAGGAAGAGGAAGCACAAAAGAAGAAAUCUGACUUGGAAAUAGAACUAUUAAAACGACAGCAGAAGUUGGAACAGCUUGAACUUGAGAAGCAGAAACUGCAAGAAGAACAAGAAAAUGCCCCCGAGUUUGUGAAGGUUAAAGGCAAUCUUAGGAGAACAGGCCAAGAAGUGGCCCAAGCCCAGGAGUCGUAGGCCCAGGCCUCAGAGACUGUGCCGAAGCUGCGAGCAGGUGCCUCCUCAAGGCUUCAUCUCGGGGCACAAGCUUCUGGGGAGCAUCCCAGCCAGCAGAGCAUCAUCACUUAAAAAGGAUUUGGCCUUGGUUCACCUACUGUCUGGGUGGGUAAAUUACCUGUGACAGCUGCAGUUCCUAUUCGCCAAACGAAGGACGUUGACCAGCACUCGAGUUGGGAUAUGGACCUGUGUUCAGAGACUCUUUAAAAACAAGUAAAGGAACGGGACACUGGAUUAAAUUCUUGAGAGUUGCACUACUUGGUUUUCCUGCCGAUCCAAGUUUAGUGGGGCACAGAGCCUUUUUUCUUUUGAAAACUAAGAAAAUGUGUUUUAUUCUUCCUUUAGUUACCUACUAGGUAAUUGAGAUCACAUAGACAUGCAUUUGAUCUGUUACAGCCAAUAUUCAGUAAUUCUGUUUUGAGAACCCCAAAUUUCCUUGUUUAAUUUACACUUCCACCCCUGUUAGGUGAAUUCACACCUGAGAACGUACGUGUUAAUGUUGAGCACAGCUAUUACCUUUAUUGACAGCCAUAGGGUGAAGAGGGUUUAAAAUAUGUAAACAAACGUACAUAAACAAAAAUACGUAAAUGGCCAUCUUGACUUUAUUUUAAUUUUUUUGGUUAUAUUCCACGGUAACAUUCCAGCUCAGAGAAGGCACAUUAUGUAAAUCCAUUUAUUGCUUUGAUAACUUUUUUUUUUUAAUUUCUUGCUGAGCUAGUCCUUUUGUAUGAAAUAAUCUCCCCCAUCCUUUGGAGAAUAAAAGCUAGUCCACAUAACCCAAUUUCAGUGUCAAAAGUAGAGGGUCUAAAUCUUUUGAUUCCUUCUGAGAGCAGUGUGGGGAAUGCUCCCAUUGGGAGCCUAGAAAGGAGGAGUUCUUUGGCUAUUGUAAUGUGAAGCAAGUGUAGACUGGUCUCAAGGAGGCCUAGUUGGAAGAUUCAUAGCAUUUGUACGUGUUGAAAGUUAUCAAAAUCCAAGCCUUGAAAAUUUAUGAAUAAUGAUCACCCAUUUCUUUAAUUUUUUUUUUCUUGAGAAGAAAGACUAUCUCCGCACUCUCUUAGUUACGAUGAUGCUAUUGAUAAUGAUGACGUUAAUGACUACUAUUCUGCAUCUCAGGAAAAGCCAACGUGAAGGGAGAAGCUGCUUAGUUUUCGGACUCUAGCUAGCAAGCUACUCAAAGUGAAGCCCACGUGCCAGUAACAGCCAAGUCCUUAGGCAGGAUUCGUUCUGUACUGAUGCUGUGGCACAUUCGACAUGGGGCGGUCCGGAAGAGUUUGUGUGGAUUCAGUAUGUUCUCCAUAGUGACGAUUCAGCCAGUAAUUUCUCCAUCGAAGGCCUUCUUAUAAUUCCUCUAAAGGCACAUAGAAAGCUGGGUUCUGAACUUUUGAAUUCUUAAUAAACAUUAGGAGAAAUUGGCUUUCUGUGGGAAUGUUUUUCAUAGUUGACCAUUAGGCUCAUAUUCAAUGCUAAUGUGAACAAGAUAUAAGUAAAUGCAGUGAUCGUAUACUGCUAGUUUGAGAAUAUGUAGAUUACAUGUGGAAUGGAUGACUUCCCUCAUCAGUAAGUAUUAUUUGAAUAAAAUAGGAGGCAUUUAAGAGAAUAUAUUGCUCUAUCAUAGUUGGCUUUUGAAGGAUGGAAUGGCAACUUUUUCCAUCACUUCCUUUUCAGAGAAGAAAGUACGUUAACUGAUUGUCUUGAAAGCACACUUCUGAUCGCACACUGACUGCAGUUCUUUCUCCGUGCAUGCGCGCUAAUGAUGUGACCUGUAAGGUGAGGCUUCGGGACCGGCUCGGACGUAGCCUUCACUGCACGUGAGAUCUUCAGAUCCUGUGUCCUUGAAGCAGUUCUGCCACUUGAUGAAAUUCUCAAGGGCUCUGGCAGACUCCUUUAGAAGGACUAAUUCUGUUUCUAGAACUUACCUAGAAUUCAUUCUUCCCUGGGAAAAAAUAAAUUACGCAAGCAUUUCCCUCCCAAUUUCACAAAUCCACAGACUUAUUUGUAGUUUGUAGUACAAGGUCUGGCCAAACCAACACUUGUAAAUAGCACACAGUGAUGUCUUAGUGGAAGGUACAUGCGGAGAAGCUCCUUGAAGUCAUCAGAUCAGCUUAGCUCAUAGGCCCAAGUUGUAAAAGGCCUCAGCCUCCUUCAGCGCUUUAACACUGUACACCCCAGACUCCCUAGGACUCACGACAUCUGAGCAGCUUUGUGCUUUGAGCCACUUUUGGACAAAAUCGGCUCCAUUUUUCCACUCCAUGGUUUUCUUAUACUAGUUCAGUGUUUUAUAGUCUCCUAGUAGUAAAGUAGUGUUGCUUUCUAAGCUAUAACAGUUGACUUUAUUCUUCUACUCUGAAAAAUCUUGACUCAUUUGAGUGUAUAUAAUAUAUAUAAAGGGAGCCUUAAUGGGUUUGUUUUCAUAAUUUAAUAUUUUUUGUAUUUGCUCUUGUAUAAUUGUUUUUAAUGAAAGUAUUACAGAAUCGAGGGUGGAAUUCUUAGAACCAAAGUUAUUCUUAAUAAAAAUCACCACAUGCUUGGACCACGCA